UGAGCUUGAGAGAUCUUUUCCGAUUUUCUCUUGUAAGUUCUUAUUGCUGGCCCACGAGACAAAAAUUUAAGAUGUCGUCUCACUUGAAUUGGAUGAUAAUCCGCGACAACAAUGCUUUCCUUCUGAAGAAACGUAACAUCAACAAGCCGUUUUCUACGGAAGCUAACAAUUUGACAAAUUUGAGUAGUUAUCGCUACUCUGGUGUAAUUCACCGUAAGAGUGUUGGGGUCAUCGAUACUCCUGACAAAAAAGGUUUCACAGUUGUUUAUAAGAAGGCCAAAGCAGUUAACAAGCCUGCCAAAGCUAAUGUAAAGAGCACAAUGAAGGCAGGAGCUCGUCGUUCUCUACACAAGUUAAAAACUCUUCUUAAAAAGAACAAGUAUCGUGUUGACCUUACGAAGGCUGCACUGCGACGGGCCAGUGCUGUACUGCGAUCACAGAAACCUCUUCCCACUAAGAAAACACGAACUACUAAAAAGACCGAUUAAUUUGUAUAUUUUAUUA